UGUGUUUGCUUUGCCCGGCUCCACCCUGUGUAAGCACGCAGCGAUCUCCGGGGAGUCAUCCAGUUCCUGUUUUCCGGGUUGGGAUUUGUUCCUCCUUCCGUGUUAACGGCUGUCUGCCCAAAGGGAGUGAUUCUGUACCUCCGAGGACAGUCUCGCUGAGCCCUGCUCUGCCCCACCCGGUCCUCGCACCGCACCCCACCGCAGCCGCUGAGAAGGAGGUGGAGGCCCUGGAGCCAGCACAGGGCAAAGUUCAGGAGUUUCUGAGACCUCAAGAGAGGCAGACUUGGAGCCUGAGUGGCCUGGGAGGGAAGUGUCUGAUUGGCCGAGGUCCUAGGGCUUGCUAAAGGUGCCUAGCUUCUGUUCAGCACCCUGUGAUGGCCCGCCGAAGACUGGCCCUGGGCCUGGCAUUCUGCCUGCUCACUAGCACAGGUCUCUGCAUCUUAUGGGGAUAUGUCAGGGACUGGCUGCUGGUCUCCUAUGUGCCUUAUUACCUCCCCUGCCCAGAGUUGUUCAACAUGAAACUGCAGUUCAGGCAGGAGAAGUUGUUUCAGCCAGUGACACCGUUGCAGUACCCUCAGCCUAAGCUGCUAAAACACAGGCCCACAGAGCUGCUGACACUUACUCCCUGGUUGGCACCCAUCAUCUCCGAGGGAACCUUCGACCCAGAGCUUCUGCAGAAUAUGUACCGGCCAUUGAACCUGACCAUUGGAGUCACCGUGUUCGCUGUGGGAAAGUACACCUGCUUCAUCCGGUCCUUCCUGGAGUCAGCUGAAGAGUUCUUUAUGCGUGGGUACCAAGUACACUACUACCUCUUUACCCAUGACCCUUCAGCCGUUCCCAGAGUCCUGCUGGGCCCCGGUCGGCUCCUCAGCAUCAUCCCCAUCCAGGGUCACUCCCAUUGGGAGGAGAUCUCCAUGCGCCGGAUGGAGACCAUCAGCAAACACAUUGCCCAGAGGGCCCACCAAGAGGUGGAUUACCUCUUCUGUCUCGAUGUGGAUAUGGUCUUCCAUAACCCUUGGGGUCCCGAGACCUUGGGGGAUCUAGUGGCUGCCAUUCACCCGGGCUAUUUUGCUGUACCUCGCCAGCAAUUCCCUUAUGAACGCAGGCAAGUUUCCGCUGCCUUUGUGGCAGAUGGUGAGGGGGACUUCUAUUAUGGUGGGGCAGUCUUUGGGGGGCGAGUAGCCAAGGUGUAUGAGUUUACCAGAGGCUGCCACAUGGCCAUCCUGGCGGACAAAGCAAAUGGCAUCAUGGCAGCUUGGCAGGAGGAGAGCCACCUGAACCGCCGCUUCAUUUGGCACAAACCGUCUAAAGUGCUGUCCCCAGAGUACCUGUGGGAUGUCAGGAAGCCUCAGCCCCCAAGCCUGAAGCUGAUCCGGUUCUCCACAGUGGACAAGGACACCAACUGGCUGAGGAACUGACAGUGGAGCUGAGACCCACCCCAUGCCAAGCCCAGCCCUGCCCACUUCAGUCUACCAGGGGAGUCCAGCCAGGAGAAUGGGUGGAGAGAAGGUGUGAACUAUGAGGGGCUGUGUACCCACAGUCAUAGAGUGUUCCAGCAUGAGUGGUUGGGCAAGAGGGAGGCCAGAGCUUCAAAGAGACAGGGCCUGGCAGACCUCCUCACACCCACCCAAAGAAUGGAUGUGCCUUCCCAGGACAGGCCUGGACUCCAGCCCUGCUCACAGUGCCCGGAGGCCUGCUGCCGUCACUUGUUUCUUACUGCUUUUUAGUUUUGUUUGGAUCUGCAGUGUUGGGGAUCAAACCCGGGGCCGUGCACGUUGAAGGGAAGUGCUCU